GCGUGCGCAGUCUCCUCCUGCCCCUCCAUUCUGAUCCCCCCCCUCCUCCCCCGCGCCACUUCGUCCCCGGGAGUGCGAAAAAGAAAAAAAAGGAGGGGGAAGCAGCUAUGAGGGACCGAACGGACGAGAUCAGAGGGAAGGAUGUCGACUCGGACUGUGAAGAGACUGAACUCGAUACUCUGGUCCCACAGCCAGGAUCAGCAAGACCCAAUGGCUCUCCAGAUCCAACUGACGAAUUCUUCCGAACGACACGUGGGAUCCGUGAAGCCUUGAAGACUCUGGGAAGCAAAGUAAAAGAUCUAGAGAAACAUCAAACUACCAUUUUGGCCACACCCCUCCCUGAGGAUAGCAUGAAGCAAGACCUGCAAAAGCUACGUGAGGAAAUCAAGGAGCUGGCAAAAGACAUUCGGACCCGCCUGAAAAAAAUUGAGCCCAAGAAGGAUGGGGAAGAUGAGAACAAAAACUCCAUCAACGUUCGUAUGAAGAGAACCCAGCAUGGGAUCCUGUCCCAACAGUUCUUGGACCUGAUCAACCAGUGCAAUGCAACGCAGUCUGACUACCGAGACAAGAAUCUGGAGCGCAUCAGGAGACAGCUGCAGAUCACUAACAGCGGGGCAGUUUCCGAUGAAGAGCUGGACCAGAUGCUGGAGAGUGGUCAGACGGAGGUGUUUGUUUCCAAUAUCAUGAAGGACACGCAAGUGACGAAGCAGGCUCUGAACGAAAUCGAGACACGGCACAGUGAAAUCCUCAAGCUGGAGCGCAGCAUCCAGGAACUCCACGAAAUGUUCCUGUACCUGGCCACUGAAGUGGAGCUGCAGGGAGAGAUGAUUGACAGGAUAGAGAAGAACAUCCUGGAUUCAGAGGACUAUGUCAAGAAAGGACAGGUCCACCUCCACAUGGCUCAAGAGAACCAAAAGAAAGCUCGCAAGAAGAAGUUCAUGAUUGCCAUCUGCCUGACAGUCACGGUGCUCAUCAUCAUCGUCAUCAUUGGUGUAUCCAUUGCAGUUGGCUAGGAGGGCUCCCAGGUCUGCCUCUCCCUUCGUGCUGCGUUGCUGGAGCCCGAUGGGCUCCAUCUCUGGCUUCAUCAUGGUUCUGGAACGUCUGCCCUUUCCUGGGAGGCCUUUGCACUGAUAGAUGGCUGGCGGAGAUGCAUCCUGCCUUUCGCCCAGUCCUGAAAGCACAUGCUGCCUAUGGCUGCCUCCCUGUUGCCCAGAAACAAGAAGCCCCUGAUUUCCCUGCAUCCAAAACUGUUUCCAGAUGCCUACAACUCUCAAGAUCUAUUC